GGUUGAUAUUGGUCUGUUCCAUGUCUCUUCCUUCCUGUUCGUGGUAACAACAGCACUCGCAUGCUGUGUUGUGUCUGGAUAAAGUUGACGCGAGUUGCACUUUCCUUGUUAAAGUUUCAAGUUUCAAGUUUCUGGGGUUAUGGGACCGGUGCUGAAUUUUAAAAUAAAGUAAACAAAAAUGGGAAAGAAGAAAAGCGGCGCCGGUGGAAGUACGGGCUUAGGCAGGGCCUUGAUCAAAGAGAGACAGCUUGCAGGUCGGAGCCACAAGAAAACGGGGUCCUGGCUCCACACGUGUGAGCUGAACGACGGGUAUGACUGGGGUCGGCUUAACCUGCAGUCUGUAACGGAACAGAAUUCUCUGGAUGAAUUCCUGGCCACAGCUGAACUUGCAGGAACCGAGUUUGUUGCUGAGAAGCUCAAUAUCAAGUUUGUUCCUGCGGAGGCCAGAAGCGGCCUGCUGACAGCAGAGGAGAGCCAAAGGAUCAAGGAGCUUCACGAGGAGAAUAAGCAUUUCCUCAGAAUACCCCGCAGACCGUAUUGGGAUGAGAACACAAGCACUGAGGUACUCCAGCACGCAGAGAGAGACAGCUUUCUGUUGUGGAGGCGACAGCUUGUACUACUGGAGGAGCAGCAGACACUGAUUCUAACCCCUUUUGAAAGGAAUCUGGAUUUCUGGAGGCAGCUCUGGAGAGUAAUUGAGAGAAGCGACGUAGUAGUUCAAAUUCUCGAUGCCCGAAACCCCCUGCUGUUCAGAAGUCUUGAUUUGGAAUGUUACGUCAAAGAGGUGUCUCAGGACAAGGAGAACAUGCUGCUGCUUAACAAAGCGGACCUGCUGACCCGGGAGCAGCGGCGGGUGUGGGCGAGGCACUUCGAGAAGGAGGGAGUCCGCGCCGUCUUCUGGUCAGCGCUGGCUGAGGGCAUGAGGCUGGAUGCUGAAGAAAAGGGAGAGGAGCUUGAAGGGAUCACAGAAGAACAGAGUGAUUGUGAAGGGGAAGACGACGAAGAUGGGGAUUCUGAAAAUCAUAAUCAAAGCAAGAGGAGCCGAGCGCGGCUCGAGAAGGCUGAGCAGUCAGGGAGUGUGGCGGCGGGUCUGGAGGGUAGCCCAGCAGCCCCUGAGGAGGACGAGGACGAUGAAGCCUUUGAGGACUGUGUGGAGGAAGGGGACUGGCAAACCUGCUCUGAAGAUCAGGACUCUGAGAGCACAGAGAGCAUGGAGGAGGCCUCCAGCGCUGCCAGGCCCUGUAAGAAAGCACUGCGAAACUCCAGCCGCCUGCUAAAGAAAGAAGAGUUACUGGAGAUCUUUAAAGCAAUACACACAGGGCCCAGGGUCAAAGAGGGCCAGAUUACUGUGGGCCUGGUGGGGUAUCCUAAUGUAGGGAAGAGUUCCACAAUCAACACUAUUCUGAGGAACAAGAAGGUUUCGGUGUCUGCAACUCCAGGACACACAAAGCACUUUCAGACCCUGUACGUGGAGCCUGGUCUGUGUCUGUGUGACUGCCCUGGCCUGGUGAUGCCCUCCUUUGUAUCCACGAAAGCCGAGAUGAUCUGCUGUGGAAUCCUGCCUAUAGACCAGAUGAGGGACCAUGUGCCUCCCAUUUCUUUGGUGUGCCAGCAUAUUCCACGACACGUGCUAGAGGCCACCUACGGGAUUAACAUCAUCAGGCCACGGGAAGAUGAGGAUCCAGACCGCACGCCCACCGCCGAGGAGUUUCUAACAGCGUAUGGGUAUAUGAGGGGGUUCAUGACUGCUCAUGGGCAGCCUGACCAGCCCAGAUCGGCCCGCUACGUCCUGAAGGAUUAUGUUAACGGGAAGCUUUUAUACUGUCAUCCUCCACCCCACAUAAAAGCCAGUGAUUUUCAGCCCCAGCACGACAAGAAACUAAACAAUGAAAAGGAGCAAGGUGCCACGAGGACUGGCAAGUCCCAGAAAGUGAAGAGAAUCGAGAACACUGUGGAUAAGAACUUCUUCAAUCAGGAGAAUGUCCGUGCGCUGACCAAGGGCGUACAGUCAGUCAUGGGCUACAAACCGGGAAAUAUGCCAGCGGCACCCGGAGCCAGCGUGGAAAGCAUGGCAGGAAAACCUUGGAAAAAACACGGCAACAGGAACAAAAAAGAGAAAGUGCGCAGGCUCAACAAACACCUGGAUGCCUGACCUUUCACAGCACUUGCGAUGAGACUGCAUCAGAAAGACCGUUCCCAGCACAGGGAAGCGGUGCUCCACAGUCUACUAAUGACAGUUUUCAUGACCUGUGCAAUAACAUGCUUAAUUGAAGCUAAUUAUUCAGCCUACAGUUGGUUACUUUAAAACCUGCUACUUUUCAAUUUUUUUUUUUUUUUUUUUAAACUUCAAACACGUGUGAACCUAUUCUCUAUUUUAAAUCAUGGUGUGUUUACAGUAUGAAGAAUUUAUUCCAGUGUUUGAAUUUACUGGUUCCUAUACAAUAACAUUUAUUUAAUUGUUUUGUCCUGUUGAUAUUACAGGUUAAUUGUUAAAGAUGUGUAGGUUUCAACAGAUUUUAAAGAAGAAAAAAAACAGGUACCAUCCUGCAAUAAGACUGGAAAAAAACCAAAACUGUUGAAAUUGAAUUUAACCGUCUAAUUGGAGUUGGGGUGUUGGAGUUGGUUAACUGUCUGACGUUUUACGUGUAUCGUGUAUUCCUGCUAUAUUGCUGUAUUCCUGCACCCCUAGGCAAAUACUUUACAGCAAGGCCUGGUGGUGGUUAUUGAGUCACAAAGGCUUUAUCGAGGAAGUUCAUGGGAACUGGCUGCUGAAAAACCCUGCCCAUGUUACCCUUUAACCUGCUAAGAUUUCUGUUGGGCGACAGUCUGUCAGCUGGCUGACUCCUCGCUGGUGGCAGUAGGAGUUGACAGACUGGUGUCAUUCCCCUGAUGAGUUCUGUGGUCAAAAUGGUUGCAAGUACAGCAUGUUGACCAAGGUGGAAAUCAUAGGCAUCUAGUUCACAAGCAUUUCUUUACUGAAAGAAACCGAGGGGCUUAAGAUGAAAGAUUGACCUGUAACUAAUUUGUCUGGACAAAAAAUGUUUCAUCCUCUGAUGAAUUGGUGAAUUCCAAAUGCAAUUAAAAUAAUUUAUGUAUACCCACCUAUGCCUGUGUGCAUGUUAGAAUUUUUUUUUUUUUUUAGCACUGGCCUGGGCCAAGGGGCUAUUGUGAAGCUGCUGUGAUUUAAACACGGUCAAGGUGGUGCAUUUCUUACCAUGGUGAUGAUAUUGCAGUCCAGUAUUUACAUGUAGCAAGAGCCUCGCUUAUCUGAUGGUGAUAAGACGUGGUUAGGACAUUCUUUACACAACUGUAGGGCGUGGUGAUUGUUUCUUACCAUUUGGAUUAGAUUUGCAAGCAGAUCUGUCCUGACACAUUCCUAAAAUGUAAAGCAAAUAAAUGACUUGAUAAUCUUGUAAAAGUAAAUUUGUGGGGGGGGGGGGAUGGGGGAAGAACAAAGAAAGAAAAUAUAUCAACUAUAUAGUUAAAGGGAUUUUGUUCAAUUCCGACAGCAGGGCUUUAGAAAAGGCUCCAACCCCAGCUCUUUGAUGUCCUGUGUAGAUGGUCUUAAUUACAUGCAUGGAAACACAGAAAUAUGUUGUAUUCCCUUCUAAAACUCUUUUUGUAUAGAGGCUUCUGUUCUGAGGCUUUUUUUUAAGACGUGGUGGUGUAAAACGACACUGCCUCUAUUAAGAAUGUACAAUGCAGGGCUUGUUGUAUUCAGUUCUACCCGAAUCAGAUUCUGUGGGUUUUGCUACUGCUGUGAAUUUUGACUCUGGUGGGAUGGUAAACGCAAUGAUUUAUUGUAUCUGUAAACAAGUUUUCAUUCUUUUACUUACAGGACUUGAGGCUGUGAUAAUAAAAUAAACAAAAAAACCACACACAAAA